CUUCCACACACCGCACCAUGGAUAUGGGACAAGGUUCCUCUGGGGGCAUCUCAAUGAUGUCCAUGAUGACUCCUUGGUUACAUUUCAACAGCUCGAGUGACACCCUGCUUUUACAGUCGUGGCAACCUAAAUCGUCGGGGGCGAUUGCGGGUGCCUGCAUUGGAUUGGUAGUUGUAUGCCUCCUAGAGCGUUGGCUUUCCGGUAUACGGGCUGUGAUGGAAGCGUAUUGGCGAAACCGCAUUCUGGUCAUCACAGGGACCGAGAAAAAGAACGAAUCCUCCGAAGCCUCGUCGGAGAAAUGCUGCGCGUCUGGUCCUGUUAUCGAUUCAGUUGAGGAGCAAUCUUCCAAGCCGCUCAGAACAACAACGUUUUCUCGGACUCUCCCGCCGUUCAUCCUUACUCACGACAUUCCUCGUGGGUUACUUUACGCUGUUCAGGCCCUCUUGGGCUAUAUUCUCAUGUUAUCCGUGAUGACGUUCCAAGCCGCCUACAUCAUAUCGAUUAUUCUGGGCAUGGGUGCUGGAGAAAUGCUUUUUGGCCGUAUGGGAAAUAUUGGCGGACAUGGCAUAUUGCACUGAAUCCCAUGCAUGUGAACUUGCGAGUCAACGAAGUGUACAUAUGUGUAUUGUAAGUAUAAAACAGUGUUUCACAGUCUCGAGAUGAUAGUACUGC